UACGUCACACGUAAGGUCAAGAGGAAAGAAGCAUGGCCGCUGUGUUGAGAGGGUCUCGGUACCUAGUUGGAGGGUGUUGCAAGCAUGUUGACUUUGCGUUUGUCUCCACAAGGUCUAUGGCCUCGAAGACACAGGUGGGAUUUAUUGGUCUGGGCAAUAUGGGAAACCCAAUGGCAAAGAACUUGCUGAAGCACGGAUACCCAGUUAUUGCUACCGAUGUGUUCCCGGAGUCCUGCAAGGAAGUGCAAGAGCUGGGUGCUCAGAUUGUGGAUAAUCCUGCUGAGGUUGCAGACAAGGCUGACCGCAUUAUUACCAUGCUCCCCUCUAGUCCCAAUGUCGUAGACGUGUACACUGGACCCAAUGGCAUUCUCAAAAAGGUGAAGAAAGGCUCCCUGCUCAUUGACUCCAGCACGAUUGACCCAUCUGUUUCAAAAGAGAUGGCUGCUGCUGCUGAGAAGAUGGGGGCAGUGUUUAUGGAUGCACCUGUAUCAGGAGGUGUGGGUGCUGCCAGUUCGGGUAAACUAACUUUUAUGGUUGGAGGAGCAGAGGAGGAAUUUACUGCAGCCAAAGAACUUCUCAGCUGCAUGGGAGCCAAUGUGGUGUACUGUGGUCAGGUUGGAACCGGACAGGCUGCUAAAAUCUGCAACAACAUGCUUUUAGCUAUUGGAAUGAUUGGAACUUCGGAGACGAUGAACUUGGGAAUCAGACUUGGACUUGAUCCCAAACUGCUGGCCAAGAUCCUGAACAUGAGUUCAGGUCGGUGCUGGUCCAGUGACACCUACAAUCCAGUGCCUGGAGUCAUGGAGGGAGUCCCCUCUGGGAAUAACUACCAGGGAGGCUUUGGCACUCAGCUGAUGGCUAAGGAUCUAGGCCUCGCACAGAACACAGCCACCAACACAAAGACUCCUGUCCCUCUCGGCUCCUUAGCCCAUCAGAUUUACCGUAUGAUGUGUGCACGUGGUUAUGCCAAUAAAGAUUUCUCCUCUGUAUUCCAGUUCCUGCGUGAGGAGGAGGGCCAGUAAUUUCAGCCUCCACCCCGUCCACAACCUUGCCAGGCAUGGCCCUGCACAGGACUAGUGUAGUUAGGGCGCAUUUUGCCCUGAGGACUGUUUUUUCUUUCUUCUUCUUUUUAUUUUAUUUUUCAAAGUUCAAAGACAUGAAGACAACAGAGCUCCAACACAGCGUGACAGAUCAUGUGUGCACUUAUCUCUCCCAUUGGAAAUCAUGUUUCCUGUGUGAUCUAGCCUUUUUAAAAUGCAACACUCCUUUCUAAGUUUUAGAAGCAGGUGAAUUGUCAGAUGUAUACUGUAUACACACGGGAGAUCCAGAAGCAGUGACAGCUCUGCAGAUCCUACUGCAUUAAAUGCAAAGCGUAUGUGGUGUUAGGAGAACGACUCAUUUAGCUGUUUGCCAAGACUUAACGGCUGCGAACAUGGUUUAGUCUCCAAAUAUUUAACUGUUUGUUUGUGAUCAUUUCUUUAUGUUGCUGUUUUUGUUCUGUUCAUGCGGGGUUUGCUCUCUUGACAUUGGAAAUGUUACUUUGGGAUAAGAGUGUCAUAUCAUAUCCUGUUAGGAAAUAAAAACAAAUUGUGAUGUCAGUUGAUGUGACAAUUAA